AUGGGCACAGCCGAGGACACGGCGUGGCUGCGCUGGGUGACAAAGCAGUUUGGGGGUGCGGGGGGGUCCCGGGACAGGGAGAUCACCCUGGAGGAGUUCACCCGGGCCCUGCAGGUGAAGGAGUCCUUCUUCGCUGAGCGGUUCUUCGCCCUCUUUGACUCGGAGGGGAAGGGUUCGCUCAGCCUUGCGGAGCUGCUGCGCUCGCUGCGGGGGCUGCUCCAGGGCAGCGAGACCGAGAAGCUGCGGUUCCUCUUCCGAGUGUACGACGUGGACGGCAGCGGCUCCAUCGAUCCGGAUGAGCUGCGGGUGGUGCUGGGCUGGUGCCUGCGGGAGAGCUCCCUGGACCUGUCCCCGCAGCGCCUCGGGGACCUCACCCGCAGCCUCUUCGAAGCCGCUGACAAGGACCGGAGCGGCUCCAUCACCUUCGAGGAGCUCCGGGAGGAGCUGGAGGCUUUCCCAGAGGUGAUGGAGAACCUGACCAUCAGUGCUGCCAGUUGGCUGAAGCCCCCGGGCCCCCCAGUGCCUCCCCCCCGCCCGCGGAUCCUGACCCGGGGGUUCUGGCAGAACCGAGCUGGGUCCCUGGGCUGCCUGGGGGCCUUCGCUGCCCUCAACCUCCUGCUCUUCACCACGGGUGCCCUGCAGCACCCCGGGUGGGUGGCCCUGGCCAGGGGCUGUGGGCAGUGCCUCAACUUCAACUGCGCCUUCCUGGCAGUGCUGAUGCUCCGUAGGUGCCUGACCUGGCUGCGCACAACCCCCCUGGCCCAGCUCCUGCCUCUGGACCAGCACGUGGGGCUGCACCAGCUGGUGGGCUACCUGGUGCUGGUGCUGGGAGCCACCCACACGGGUGCCCACCUGGCCAACGUCAGCAGGAUGGUGGAGCAGGAUGGGGACAGGGACAAGCUUGGUGGCCUGGCCAGGUACCUGCUGUCAUCAGGAGCUGGGGCAGGGGGCCUGGGGGACACAGCCCCCCAGACAGGGCUGGCACUGCAGGGACUCUUGGUCACCAUGCUCAUCUUCUCCAGCCCCUGUGUCCGGAGCAGGGGGCACUUUGAGCUCUUCUACUGGACCCAUCUCUCCUACAUCUCCAUCUGGACCCUCCUCCUCUUCCAUGGCCCCCACUUCUGGAAGUGGUUCCUGGUUCCUGGCUCUCUCUUCACCCUGGAAAAGGUCCUUGGCUUGGCCUGGAGAAGGGCUGGGGGGCUGCACAUCGUGGAGGUCAAUCUGCUCCCCUCCCAGGUGACCCACCUGGUCAUCCAGAGACCCCCAGGGUUCCACUACAAGCCUGGAGAUUACAUCUACCUGAACAUCCCAGCCAUUGCCUCCUACGAGUGGCAUCCCUUCACCAUCAGCAGUGCCCCUGAGCAGCCAGAGACCCUCUGGCUGCACAUCAGGUCUCUGGGCCAGUGGACCCACAAGCUGUACCAGUACUUCCAGCAGCCCCAGUUGCCCAACCCGGAGCCCAAACCCCUGAGAAAGAUCCUGGGGGAGAGGAGGCAGCGGCGCUGGGUGCAGGAGGGGCUCCCUGGUGGGGUUGGCUCCCAGGGGGGCUCUGUGGCCACCAGUGGGGAUGGAGCCAUCCAGUUGACAUCAUACAAAGCCACUGGUGCCACUGGGCCAGGAGAGGGGGACCCAAGAGCUGGGGAGGUCAGCCCUGGGAUGGAUGGGACCCAUCGGAUCUGCAGUGUCCAGUGCUUCAUUGAUGGUCCCUACGGAACCCCCACCAGGAGGAUCUUCAGCUCGGAGCACGCGGUGCUCAUCGGCGCCGGCAUCGGGAUCACCCCCUUUGCCUCCAUCCUCCAGAGCAUCAUGUACAGGUACCAGAGGAGGAAGCAGAACUGUCCCAGCUGCCACUACUCCUGGUGUGAGGACCUGCAGGAUGGGGAGAUGAUGCUCAGGAAGGUUGACUUCAUCUGGAUCAACCGGGACCAGAAGCACUUUGAGUGGUUUGUCAGCCUCCUGACCAAGCUGGAGCUGGAGCAGGCAGAGGAGGAACCAGGAGGGAGGUUUUUGGAGAUGCACUUGUACAUGACCUCAGCCCUGGGCAGGAAUGACAUGAAGGCCAUCGGGCUGCAGGUGGCCCUGGACCUCCUGGCUGCCAAGGAGCAGAGAGAUUCCAUCACGGGGCUGAGGACCAGGACCCAGCCUGGGCGACCCGACUGGAGCAAGGUCUUUGGGAAGGUGGCAGAGGAGAAGAGAGGGAAAGUCCAGGUUUUUUUCUGUGGCUCACCAGCCCUCGCCAAAGUCAUCCGGGGACACUGCGAGCACUUUGGCUUCCAGUUCUUCAAAGAGAAUUUCUGA